AUGUCUUCAAAACAAAUCGAUAAAUACCCAAGGUUCUUGAAAACAACUCAUCCACCUCCAAACUCAUCGGGAUUGAUGGAAUCAAAUCCUGAGAAGCCAUUAUCCAAGCUAAAGAUUGAAUAUAUUCAUGGAUGCUCAAAGAAGGGUUGUUAUGGAAACGUGUUUCAUGUUGAUGAUGAACAGCAUUUAGUCUAUCCUGCUGCUGGUUGUGGGGUAGUGCUUAAUGUUGAGGAUAACACUCAAAAGGUAUUCUGCAAGCAUGAUGAUGAUGUUGUUGCUUUGGCUAAACAUCCAAAUGGUAGAUACUUUGCUUCGGGGCAAAUGGGAAAGGAUGAUAUGAUUUACAUUUGGGACAGUCACCAACCUGAGGCAGGUCCAAUUAAGGCACUCAAAACAAACACCCAAUUCAAAAAUGGAGGUGUGUUAACUUGUUGCUUUUCAACCGAAGGAUCCUUACUAGCCUGUGUUGGUGGUAGUCCUAAAAUGAACAUUAUUUUAAUUUAUGAUUGGAAUAAGGGAACAUGUCUUGCCAAUGUGAAAGGAACUAAUGAGGAAGUAUAUGCUUUAUGUUUUUCAAAGAGAUGA